AGAGCUUAUUUAAAAGCGCAUAGCAAUUUGUCCCAAGCUUUUUAUUCUUUAGUUAAGCCCGCCGGCUGGUUGGAGCAACGGCCAAGUCGAAGGCCGAUGCGCCAUUACUAAACGUCAUUGGUGAGUGGGUAGCUUUUCGAGUGUACACUGUGCGUGUACUGACUACCGAUACUCGGCCGAGUACCGUGUCCGCUCACUCUUUUCCGAAGGAUUUUUCACUUUCUUUUUGUUUCUUCUGCGUUCUGCUCAAGCGACUCUGCAGGAAAAUCAAAUUGGAAAAUGGCUGUUCAAGCGGCGGCUGCUCUUCUCGACGAGCUUAUGGGCCGUUACAGGAACCUGGCCCCGACGGAAAAGACAAAAGAGCUCAACUGGGAAGAUCCAGAGUUUUGUAAAUACUAUAUGGUCAAGUUCUGCCCGCAUGACCUGUUCGUGAAUACAAGGGCAGAUUUGGGAUCAUGUCCAAAAGUGCACGAUGACGAGGUCAAAGCUCUGUUUGAGAAAGCCAACAGCUACAAGAAACAAGCGUAUGAAGAUGAAUUCAUAAGAUUCGCCCAAAGCAUGUUAAACGAAGUCGAAAGGAAAAUACAAAAAGGAAGACAGCGCCUUGCUUUAAUGAAUAAAAAUGAGCAUCCUUCAACAAUAUCAGUUGCUCAGACCCAGCGUAAUGAUGAUCAAAUCAAGCUUCUCACAGAGAAAAUUAAUUCUCUGGUCAGUCAAGCAGAAGCUGCUGGAAUCGAAGGCAAUGUAGAGCAGGCUCAAGGAUUAAUGAAACUUUGCGACCAGUUGAAAGAAGAAAGGGAAUCGCUUCAAAAACAAAAUGAUAGCAGUGCUUGGUCUCAGACUGCAGAGUUGGCAGCAGCGCAAGAAAAGCAAAUGGAAGUGUGUGAAGUCUGUGGGGCGUUCCUUAUUGUCGGUGAUGCACAAUCUAGGAUUGACGAUCACCUGAUGGGGAAACAGCAUGUUGGAUACGCUAGGCUGAGAGCUUCGCUCGAGGAAAUUGUGGCUGCCCGAGCGAAGGACAGAGAAGAAAAAGAAAGGAGAAGAGAAGACGAACGUAAAGAAAGGUCCAAAAUCAGAGACGAAAUGGGUGAAAGGAGGCGGGAUAAAGACCGAGUAGAUAAUAGAGAUAGGGACAGAGAAAGGGAAAGGGAGAGAGACAGGGACCGCGAUAGGGAACGUGACCGAAGAAGCAGAGAUGAAGAAAGACACACAUCUCGAGAACACACCCGAGAUAGGGAGAGAGAAAGGCCGAAAAGAGAGGAGCGAAUAAAGAGGAGCCACGACAGAGGGGAAAGCAGAGAAAAAGAGAGAAGUAAAAAAUCAAGGCAUGAGGACCGUCACAACCGAAGAGAACGAAGUAGUGAUUCCCACAGAAGACGCAGAGAGUAGAGCUGGUCAGUUUUAGACAGUAUGAGGUAAGUGGGUUUUUUGUAUACUAGCUGGAAGACCUUGUUCACAGGGAGGGUUUAAUAAAUGAUUUCUUUAGUCUCUCACUUUUCUUUAUUUUGCGAUGCUCAAUUUUUCUUCCAAUCAGUUUAGAAUAUUUGUCAAGAAAUAGCUGUCAUUUGUAACUAGAUGACAUGUCAAAUUUUCUAUGCAUUUGGCAUCAGAUUAAAAUAAAGAAAAAUUAAUUUCACAAAUUAAAACUGACUAUUUCUUAUGUGAUCAAGGUUUACCAAAAUGAGCUAAUUUUUUAAGAACUUUCCUUUCAGAUGGAUCACUAUAAGGUGAGUGAUUUUCCCCUCAUCCCCAAAAGUGAUUAUGAGCAACCAUCUGUGAUAAUGAAAUUGAAAACUAAGAGUAAAAUUUAAAUUUUUCUACUGCACACCAGUCGUUGCAUGGUAUUCAAUUAUUAUUAAAGUUACCCAGGAAAUCUCCGUUUUGUGGUUCAGAGAGAGAACAUUUUAUGUAUAAUUUAAUUUUGUUGAUGUUUUUUUCCCUGUUUUAUAUUUUCGGUCAUGAAGUCUGACAAUCCCUUUCCUUUAAUUUUUAGAAAAAAGUUGCAUCACAAAGAUUUUAAGCGUUUAAAUUUAGGCCUGAGAAGGAUCAGUUUGUUUUCCUUUAUUCUUCCCCUGCAUAUAAUGAAACAUCAACAAAAUUUGUUUUCCUUCUUACAUAUGUUUGAACAAAUAAAUUAGACAGUUGUCUUGUUUAAUUAUGGGAUACGGAAGAUCAAAAUUGGAAGUAGCUCACUUUGUUUCAUCUAUUUCUCAUCGGAUUUGGGAAAUUCUGUCCUUAGUUUAUUCUGUCAAAACUUUUGGGUUGGCUGUUAAGCAAAAUAUUAAAAUUUUAAACUUUUUGUGAGUAUAGGAGUUGUAAACUAUGUAUUUGAGACAAAGGUAAAAUAUAAGACAAAUCAAAUGUUGAUAGUUUGAAAUGCCUGUUAACAGCAACAAUUUUAAACAUUCUAUAUUUAACAGCUAAAUAUUAAUGUAUGUCAAAAACGUUACAGAACUAUCACUUUAGGUUUCCACCUUCAUUCUAUUUCAUUUUAUUGAACGUAGUGUUCUUCAGUUUAUGACAGCUGGGAUCAGUAUAAACUAAUAAGGUAUACUUUUUUUCAAUUAUUAUGAUUUUUUAACAAUUUGCUGAUAGAUGAAGAAAUAAAUGAAGGGAAGAAAUCAUCAAUAUCUCUUGUUUUCUUUGUUUAGUAUUUGAAAAUUAGUGCUUAAGAUUUUAAUAUUUCAACAGCAAACCCGAAUGUAUUUUGGUGAAGUGUGCUUUUUGUACGGAAUCAAAUAGUUUUUCUUCGAAAAAAAAAAUGGAAAGUGUCUGGCCAAAUUUUUAUUUAGAACCGAGCGAGAAUAAACAAUAAACCGUAAUAACAGAAGUAUGGCAGAGUUUUUAACCUUAUUAAUAACCUCCAGUGUAUAUGAUCGGCAGUUAAGUUGAGUUUUUGCCUGCCUCAUUCUCAGAAAAAGGGUCGCCCCGACAUUUCAGGCAGCCCCCAGUACUGCAUCAAGUAUGCGCACAAUAUCAGGUCAAUUGCAGGUAUUUAUUGUCGCAAAUAAAGAUUUUUUAUAACAUUAUUGUUGAAAUUGAGUUUCCAAAGGGCUUAUGGAUGACACCCUUGCGAUUCAUAAAAAUUUAAUUUUUCAAUUGUACACAGAAAUCAAAAAAGGAAAGAAAGAGAACAAAGAAAUUUCUGUCAGUGUUAAAUGAAAAAUGAAAAAUUAAAUGGAAUGUUUGUAAGGGUGGCUGCCCAUUAACUUGUUAUUUCACAGGAAUUAAAAACAUUCUAUCUGGUAACUCAGCAAAUAUCUAGUUACGUUUAUUGUUUAAAAUAAAUUACCCGAUGGUUUGUUAUCCCACAAGGAAGCUAAUGAAGUCGGAUCUGGGUCCAGGUAUUUGAUUAUUAACAAAACCAAACAAAUUGUUUUCAUUUCCUGUUCUUUCAUCGACAUGUAUGUUCUGUUUGUUGAUCGAAGUGAUACAUUUCCCUCCGUUGGGUUGGUGGUUUCAGAUUAGCCUUUUAAUGAAGACUGGAGAAAUGGAUCGAAUUCACUGACGGUGCUGCAUAGCAAUUGAGGUGGGUCAAAAUAUAUCAUCCAAUGUAAAAACUCGACAAAUCAAGUUAACGAAGACGAGACUUCUUCAAUUCUUCGAAAGCCAGCUCCAGACGAAGGUAUAUUUUACAACGAAAUCUUCUUGUGAACAUUACCAUUUUUGCCAGUUUACGUUAAAAAUGGUCUCUCCUGGUAAUUUGCUACAUAACUUAUCUUAAAAAAUGAAAGACAAUUUAUUAAAUCUGAAAUUAGUGUCCGAUAGUUUUUCUUUAUAAAUUUUUUAAAAAUAUUAAUGUCAUUAUCAAGUUGUGACAAUACAUUUUUUAAAGAGACUAUAAAAAUGAAGUGAAAUUUUAAUGUUAAUUAGAUCAAGUAAAAAUAUGUGGAAUAUGUAUUAGUUAAAUAAUAAUUGCUACCUGAUAUACAGGUGAAUGUUGUGUAAAUAUUCUUGUUCAGUGACAAAAUAGUGUUAUUAGGAUUUUGCUUAUUAUACAUUAUUAUAGUGUGAUGGUAGUGACUGAACUACCACAACCCCGUAGUAAUCAUUUACAACCAAAUACACCAGAGGUUCCAGAGUCAACAAUAAAUAGGUAUUUUAUUUUUUAUUUUAAUUUCGUUCACAUUUUAUUUUUCUCAUAAAUCUCCAUUUUCCCCCUGCCCAAUUAGACAAAAUUUUGCGGCUUAUUUGCAAGAUGUAAGUGUGCGUAUUUUUUUAUUUUAUUUUUCCUCCAGACCAAAGCCAGUUUGCAUUUAUAGUGCACAAAACAAUGCUUGUAUCGAGUUAUAAUUUUUUUUUUUUUUUUUUUUUUUUUUAAUUUAAAUGUUAAUGAAAAUAAGUUGUAAAUUUAUUGUCCGCCUCUCUGUGUAAAUGGGUUCUUACAAUAAAUCAGGUAAAUUAUUUGUUUGAUAUCUAAAUGUAAAUACAUCAUUAAAACAAUUUUGUUUUGUA